UUGGAGAUCUUUUUUAUCUUAUUUGAGCGUGAGAAUGGCAGAGCAGUUUGGGUCCCCUCCCCCUUGCUUGGUUGUUUGCUAGUUUUAUUUCCUCAGACAAAUUGGUCUUUUAAAUAGAGAGAAAAGAAACAAAAACAGUGAUAAUGUAAGAGGACUAUACAUUCCAUAACCGUCUCUCCGUCAUGAAUUCCUCUCCUCUUUGGAUCUGAAAGCAGAUUUUGGCGUCAAGCAAGUUCCGAUCCAUUUGGGUUGUUUGUUCUUCCCUUCCUUCCAUUUCAAUCAUUUAAUCCCACUGAAAGAAGAAUGUUCUUAACUAGGAUGUGAUGAGUCUUUCCACUUGUCUUUUUAUCCGGAGUACAUCUCCUAAAGCAUUGGAUACCAAAAGCCAAGAGUGAAAAAGUAGCUAUUGUCUUCCUGGAGAUCUCUUCUUAUGAGGACUAUUCUCAAAAAUCCUUCUAUUUCUCUCAGUCCAUAAGGCCCAGACAACCACAGUGGUAAAAUGUAUCAGAGAAGAGAGUAAUGGCAGCAGCAGAAGCAAGGGCUGCUUGGCAGCGCACAGCUAAUCGGUGUUUUGUCCAAGAAGAUGCCAAAAGAGCUCCAAAAUUAGCUUGUUGCCCAUCAGCUUCAUCAUCUAAACCACAGGUCGAUGUCGGAGCUGGUGAUUUACCACAUGGGCCAGAUCAUCCAAUCACAGGUUUCAUGCCUCUGAACUGGAAUCCUUCAAAUUCCAAUCUUCCACCUGACACAAAAUGGUGGCUCCAGUUGCAACCCAACUUUGGAUACCAGAAGGAUUUCACGUAUGAGCAGUUAAAUGACUCGGAGGCUGAGCUGGAAGUUUUGAGAGCUGAGGAAAUAAACCAGGCCUCCAUACUUGGUGCAGACAACCUGUUUAUCAAAGAAGAUAGUAUUCAUGCUGAAAGCAACAAGAAUGCUGAAUCUUUUUCAGAGCCCCAGUGGCAAGCUGGGGUCCCUGCUACAUGUAUGAAACAUGAAGCAGAAACUAGAGUGUGUGAACUAAAGGCUGUGAAUAGUAAAAAACAGCCACUUAAACAUAAGGACAUAGGAGAUUACUGGUACCAGGAUGAGGAAUUAGUAGACUUGGAUCCCAGCUUAAUAUCAAAACAAUCUGAAAAGGUUUUUUCCUAUUCACAGACCCCUUGGAUAGGAGCUGAGAAGACUGAACCAUGGUGGCGAAUCAUGGAUAAAGAUGAUUUAGCUUCCUUGGUUGCAAAGAAGUCACUUGAGCAUAUUGAGAAUUGUGAUCUCCCUCGACCACAGACAAUGCAUGUUAGUAGAGGCCAAUUUGCUUGUCAUGAGUGCUUCAACCAUGACACAAUUUUCUCCUCAUCUUUAGAUAAAAAAUCACACAGUAAUCUCUCCAACCUGACUGACUAUUUAUGGGGCAGUCCCACUUCACAAAACAUGGAUGAGAAAGAAUUGGCAUCUGAUGAAGUGGGGAACUCACUCUACCGAUUAGAUGAACCUUUCAGAAGCAGAAACUCAGUGCCUGUGGUUACCUCUAGUAGUUCCAGCAGUCAAAGAACAAGCAAGGAUCCAGCAGAGAGCAAGCACACCUUGGAGGGUGAUCCAAGCAAAGCUCAGCUGUUGGAGGCACUCCGUCACUCCCAAACCCGGGCAAGGGAGGCUGAAAAGGCAGCCCAGAAGGCCUACAGUGAGAAGGAACACAUCAUCAAGCUCUUUUUCAAACAAGCCUCGCAACUGUUUGCAUAUAAGCAGUGGUUCCAACUGUUGCAGUUGGAGGCUCUUUGUGUCCAGCUCAAGAACAAGGACCAGCCAAUCUCCACACUCUUCCCAAUGAUCUUACCAUGGAUGCCGUGCAAAGCUAGGCAACUGAGGAAGGGUCAGCACAAGGCUGCAAAGAGGAAUAGAGGUUCAUCAAAGCAUGAUAUUUGUAGGUAUGCUUUUGCUUUUGCAGUGGGUUUGAGCCUCGCUGGCGCUGGGUUGUUCCUUGGGUGGACCAUGGGGUGGCUGCUACCUACUUUCUAGACAGCUUCCAAACAUAUUGCCUAUAGCUGCCCAACACCUGCUGGUGUUUAUGAGCUUUUAUACAAGUGUAUGUAGUACUUUUCUAUGGUCCUUGGAUUGUAUAGGUUAUGCACCUUCUGUACAAAUGACGUGAUGAGAUGUAUAUGUGUAUAUAUUAGUGAACAGUAUGCAGCUGGAAUUCAGAGAUAUAUUAACUUCAAGCUAUUGCUUAAGGAGGGAGGGAGAAUUUGAAGUUUUA